CUAUAUACGAAGAAAAGAUAAACUCUGCGCUCCGCCUUAUCACGCCUCCAUGCUCUGCAGGAGCGCGUCAAGAUCGCAGAAUAACCAGCGCGCGCCAAACAAACUGUGCGUACUUCAAACUUUCAGACAUUUUCGUUAGACUGGAUUUAUAUAUAGUACAAUUACCCAAUCAUGAGUAUAUCUAAGGGGUCUAAAAUUAAGAAGCUAUUUGGGAAGUCAAAAAGUUUCGAUAAGGAUAACAGGGAUGCUGUGAGGAGUGAGAGCCUGAGGGGGACUUCAUGCCUAGACGAACAUGCGAGUUUCACAGGUUCGUCCAUUACUUUACCGUCGAACCCCGAGCUCCCCAACCCUAGAGAUGCAUAUUUAUGCCCGGACUCGCUGCCCACCAGCCCCAGCGAAAAGAAGAAGAGACGUUUCCCGACAUUUAGGUCCAAAAAGAAAUCGAAGGAUAAAGAUCUGCAGUUUCUCAGCAGCACUGGAGAUCUGGACUCUGUAUUCAACAACAUGAGUUUUGAUCAGAUGAGCAUCCGGACGGAUGACUUUUUAAUGACUGACACCUGCCCCACCCCUGUUCGUUCUCGGACAAACUCGGUGAUAAGCCUGGAUUGCGCCUCACUUCCAGAUCCAACAUCUCCAACACAAAAACACAGGAAGAGUUUUGAGGAGAAAAGUGGAAGUGUUCUUAACCGCAUUGGAAGUCUUUUCUCUCGGAGGAGAAAAAGCAGAACCACAUCAGAUGACAGGGAUGAAAUUGUGUCACCAAAUACAAACAGCCCAAUCAAAUCCCCAGUAUUAGAAGAACUGAGACGGACCCCCAGUGGUGGUUUAUACAGAGAGAAUUAUGAUUCAGUGAUUGGGUCGGCACAAAGACGAAGUCCCAGCGUGUGUAGUGUAGCCUCCCUCGUCGCAGACGGAGGAGAUUUACCAUUUGCUGACAGCGGCAGUAGCGGACGAGGGAGUGUAAAAGAGGUGGAAGUUGUCAAAGUGAGUAGCGUCGAGACUUGCUGCGAUGGAAAGACAGAACGUCUCGUAACAGAGGCCAGCAGGAAGCUCAAGGUGUACCUUGAGGAGACAAGAGAUGAAAUCUCAGACGCAACACUAAAGAAAUGUGCAGAAGUCCCUAUACAAACCCCUGAAACGCCAAAGUCCCCUGUAGUCUUAGGGGGGACGGAGAGUAAAAAGACAGUUUUGAAACCCACUAUCAGAGGAAGCGGGAAUUACACUGCACUUGUCGGAGUGACUCUCUGUUCACAGUCCAGAAGCCCGUUGCUCUCUGACAGUCAGUGUGGAGAAAAGACAGAGACUGAUAACAUGGGGAAGAAAAACAGUGGCAAAAGAAAGUCACGCAAACUAAGCAAUAACGAGUCUCUCACUUCAACAAUAGCCACAUCCACUGAGGCAGAGGAGAGCUCAUCACAGUCUUUUCCUUCCCCUGGUCAAGUAUACAGAGCCGUGUGGGCGGAAACUCACCUGACAGAGGAGGAGAGUGUGAGCUCCAUUACUGACUCACUCUCUUAUGUAGAACUUGAUCCAGCCAGCCCAGCAGAGAGCUAUUUUGCACUCGACACAGCUGCCGUCAACACUCCUGGUCCUCCACAAGUGCCAGAGCCAGCCACCUGCACCACAAAGGCCUUUGAGGAGCACAGCACAAAAGCAUCUGAGCCAGACACUCAGGAGAAUUUUAUUUCUAAAGACCAGAUUGCUGAAAGCUACGCGGAGAAACGCAGAAGCUUAAAACUGUCACAGAGUGAGAAAGUCUUUGCUAAAAGAGUGUUUGUUAGUCCUCAGUCAAGUGUGGAUGGGGAUGAACAAGCUGAAACAGAGACCCAAAGUGAGACAAACUUGGGAAUAACACAGAAUAUCCAGCAGGUUAAGGUGAAAAUAUUAUCAACCAGCAAUAGUGUGAAUGUCAGGCAUUCCAACCAACAGACACAUACAUCAGUAGAAGUCACUGAAGAUGCGUUAAAGCUGCCUCUUGAUAGGAAUGUCGAUAGCCCCACUGAACUUUCAUCAGAAAAUACAGAAGCUACAGACAUCAAGGAGGAAUCUAAUUUCCCAGAAAUGACAAGUCAUAAAGGACUAUUUAAUACUGUUAUGAGCAGUCCUCAAAACUCAUCCAAGCGUAUGGACAGAGCAGGCAGUGGGUCAAAUGGUGGAAUUAAAGCUAAGAGCCCUCCACCACAGGUUGCCCCUAAAACAAAAGUUGUGACAUCUCGAAUUAAAAGCCUGUCUGAUGCAUCAAAGAUAGAUGUUACUAAUGUAGGGAGGAUUUCACAGAAACACUCGGAUCAAAAAGAGAUAAAAUCUCCAACUGCAAAGGAGCAAUCGGUUUCAUUCAAUAAAUCAACUGACAUCAAGUCCAAAAUUCCUAAGAAAACAGCACCAGAGGUUCUUUCAAAACCAAAGAAAGUGGUAGAGGUUGUUACAGUAUAUGAUUUACCCUCAAAAGCAGAAGGUCAGAAGACCAUCAAAUGUCAGAAUGAAGCAGGAUCCAUAACCUCAGUGCAGAAGAUGUCACCCACUAAGGUAGUGGAAGAGAAAGAUGUUUUGAACACCUCAGUAACACCAAAAACAUCUCAACCCACUAAAGAACAGGUCACACUUUCAAAGCCUAAAAGAAGUCUAAAAAAAUCAGUCUCCGAUGAUAAAAAUGAUAAAUCCCCAUCUUCCCCAUCCUCAAUGGAGAAUUCCAUUUCAAAAUUUAACACAGAAUUUAACACAGCAAACAAAGAUAUCCAAAGGUCCAAAACACAACCGUCAAUUGUCAGUGAUCUAAGUCCAACAUCAAAGAGUAGGCAAAAAAAAAUUACUGGGGCAAAAGUCAAAUCAGGUGACACUGGUAGCAAAACAGCUACACAUGACAACAAAGCCGAGACAAACUCACUUUCUUGCUCAGUGCCUGCCAGUGACCUAACAGAGCAGAAUAAUGAAAAGGAGAAACCUACAAAUGAAACCCAGCUCAGUGAGCCAAAGAGUGCAAAGAAAUUAAUAACUGAUGUGUCACCAGCAGUAAGGAAACUUCCUCGAACGACACCAAAGAGUCUUCUAAAACAGCCCUCAGAUGGAGAAGUUGCCCAUGGAGAAAGUGAGUCGUAUCAACCAUCCUCACUGCCACUUACCAAGCCAGAGAGAAGUGAGUCAAUCCUUGUUAACGGCCCUGUCGUUGAUGACAACUCUUCUGAAUGUGACCAAACCACUUGCAAUGUUGUGGUUAACACUGGUAGCAAAACAGCUACACAUGACAAAAAAGCAGAGACAAACACACUUUCUUGCUCAGUGCCUGCCAGUGACCUAACAGAGCAGAAUAAUGAAAAGGAGAAACCUACAAAUGAAACCCAGCUCAGUGAGCCAAAGAGUGCAAAGAAAUUAAUAACUGAUAUGUCACCAGCAGUAAGGAAACUUCCUCGAACGACACCAAAGAGUCUUCAAAAACAGCCCUCAGAUGGAGAAGUUGCCCAUGGAGAAAGUGAGUCGUAUCAACCAUCCUCACUGCCACUUACCAAGCCAGAGAGAAGUGAGUCAAUCCUGGUUACCGGCCCUGUCGUUGAUGACAACUCUUCUGAAUGUGACCAAACCACUGGCAAUGUUGUGGUUAAGGCAUCACCAGAGCCCAAAGCGAAAAGUCCUUUGAAAGAGGUGGUUGAUUUUCCGUCAGCAGCGGCAAGUCUCCAAAGUCCCACUAAACCCAAACCCAAGAGAUAUUUAAGGAAGACAGAGCAAACAACAGCUUUGGAUCCAAAUAUAAAUACAGCUGAAAAGACUGCAAGUUUGCACAUUACACCAACAGCCUCUCUGAAAUCUGAUGCUGAAACUGGCAAAGUGGAAAUUAUUGAUGAACAACUGAAAGCUACUUCCAAAUCAAAGAACUGUGAAAAAUCUGGGGAUGCUGAGAAUACCAUCAGACCACACAUGCCACUUUCAGCAAAUAGUGAUUUACAAUCCAUCCAACAACAGAUAGAAUCAGAUCUACCGGUUUCAAUGGACCCACAAGUACAAGUUGCGCCAGACAAGCAAUCAGAUGUUGUUAAAGAGAAGCCUGUUGUUGAAAACGGCAAUGUUGGGUUGGAGAAAAAGAAUUGUAAAAUUUCCACAAUAACAGAGACAGGUCACUUCACAUCCAGCGAUCUGAGCACUAAAGGUACUGAAAAGUCUUGGUAUUCUCUGGAAAAUGCACCCAUCCAACAACCGACAGAAUCAGAUCUACCAGUUUCAUCAGACCCACAAGUCCCAGCUGCAACAGAAGAGCAUUCAGAUUUUGUCGAAAAGAAAUCUCUUGUUGGUAAUAACCAGGUUAGGUUGGAGAAAGAGAAUUGUGCCCUUGGUAAGGCAGAUGUUUUUGUUACAAUACCAGAAACAGGCCAUUACCCAUCCAGUGUUCUGAGCACUCAAGGUAUGGAGCAGUCUUGCUCUUCUCAGGAAAAUCCAUCCAUUCAACAACAGACAGAAUCAGAUCUACCGGUUUCAUCUGACCCACAAGUCCAAGUUGUGCCAGACAAGCAAUCAGAGGUUGUCAGAAAGAAUUAUCUUGUUGAAAAUAACCAGGUUAGGUUUGAGAAAGAGAAUUGUGACCUUGGUAAGGCAGAUGAAAUUUCCACAAUACCAAAGACGGAUCAUUACACAUCCAGUGUUCGAAGCACUCAAGGUGCAGAGCAGUCUUGCUCUUCUCAGGAAAAGACCUUUGGAGUCAUUUCAGAGAAUUCAUCUGAGACAACCCAGAAGAUUAAAACUAAAGAACACAGUGUCAAACAAUUUGUAAAUUCAGAUUUUAAACAACCAAAAAUAAUACCCACAAUUACACAACUAAAUAUCACACAAAUUGAUUAUGUUAAAAUUGAACAAAAAAGUGGUAAAUCCACUGUAUCAGAGAAACAAUCAAACUCGGAGACAACUGCUCAGUUAGGUGACACAAGUAAAUCUCCAAACCUGGAGUGUUUCAAACUGAAUGAGAUUAAUAAAUUAAAGGAAGUUGAUGAGACGCCAGUAGCGGUGAUAAUGACUCCAGAGGCUCCUUCUAAAGCAGAACCUGUUCAAAAUGGUGAUCAGAUUUUAGAAAAGAAUCUUCCAUCACUUAAAAUGUCAGAUAAACAGACUUCCAAAGUAGACAUAAAGAGUGCAGUCCAAAUUAAAAACACAGAAUCCCAUGUGAAAAUCCAGGACCCUACAAAGGUUAAAGACAAAAUGCCAGCUUGUAACUUAAAAAAAAUUAAACCACCAGCUGACCAAAGUCUUCAACAAUUUACAUCUCAGAGUCUUCCUUUGGACUCCAAAAACCUCUCAAAAAAUAACAAGACACCAUCGAGUUGGUUAGAUAUUGACCAAAGUUUUGAGAAGAAGAAAACAGAGAGACGAAUGGAUUGUUCUGCAAGUGAUGAUAAUCAGCUUGACACUUCCGAUGAUUUUGAGGAUUUCAUUUGUAACAUCAAGAAGCACUGUUCGCCUUUUUCUUUGCCACCCAGAAAACAUGGGCAGAACAAGAUGCCAUCACCACCUUUUGCCAUGCCUGCCAUUAAAGAAGAUCACUUUGAGAAGAUAUUCGAUCCAGAACAAUUCAAGUUUGGUUCAAGAAAAACUGCAGGACCUAAAGAUCCCUCUCCAGCCAUGAUUAUCAAGAAGAAAAAUGAAGAGACAAAAAACAAUCCACAAUCCAAACGGUCUGAGGACAGCUUGCUUUAUAAAUCUCUCUCCUCAAGACGGGAACAAGACAAAGCUGAAAAGGUUGCAAUCACUGUGGAGAAAAAUGAUGGCGAAAACCAUAACAUUACAGAAGGAUCUGGAAAACUUUCCUCAAGGUUGGAAAGAAUGUCAAUCCUCUCAAACCUCAUGAACUUGCCAAAUGUGUCUAGAAAAACCCGAACCGAACAAAGUGCUCUCUUUAACGGCAUUGUCUCACCCACAACACCACCCCCAGUGCCAGUGGUAACCUCAGGAGAGAAGAAAGACAUACUUCUAUCCCAUGCUGUCACAAUUCCAAAAGAAGGGAAUGGUAUGCCAGAUCAAGGCAGUGUAACAGGCAAAAUUCUUGAUUCGAUAAAGAGUCCAUCCACACUUCCUCCUCUUCCAACUUUCUCAGAUGUCAAGCUGCCUGACUUUGUGGAGAAAUACAUAAAUAAAGGCAAAGAAUCAAAUGCAGUGAGUCUGGGGGAGUCUGUCAGCGAGCAAAGACCUGACACCAGUUCUCUUCCUCCAUUUGAUGUUAGAAGCACUUCCAGCACAUUUACUGCCAACAUGGCCCUGCAAGGUGUUUCAGGAUUAACAUCUCCAUCUAUAGCAUCUAACACUAUUCAACAGUUUCCUCUGCCUAUACCCACCAGCCUUUCACCAACAUGCGCAGAGACACCAACUGUAAGAGGCUUCCACAGACGCCCUGGAAAGAUUGUGAUAUACCAGCAAGCUCAGUUUGGCGGAGAGUCAUAUGAGGUGUUCAGAGAUAUAGAGGACGCCACCUCACUUAAUCUCUCUCCAGUCAUAUCCUUAAAGGUCGUCAGAGGAUGCUGGCUGCUGUAUGAAAAGCCUGGCUUCCAGGGCCGUUCCAUUGCCCUGGAGGAGGGGCCAUUAGAAGUAGCAAAUGAGUGGGCGGAGACAGAGCCCAGUGGGGAGGUGGAGCCAAAUAGCUUGCCACUCCCAACCACACCCAUGGUCAUUGGCUCCAUUAGACUUGCAUUGAGGGACUACAGCCUACCAAAAAUUGACCUGUUCACAGAGGUGAAUGGGAUGGGCCGUAUGACUUCAUUCUGUGAUGACACUAUAGAGAUCUGUUCAUUUGGGAUUCUUCAGAGUACUGGGUCCAUUAAGGUCCAUUCUGGAGUAUGGAUGGUCUUUAGUGAUCCAGGUUUCCAGGGGCUCUUGGCUGUAUUAGAGGAAGGAGUUUAUCCAUGCCCUGAGAACUGGGGCUUCCUGACCCCCUUUGUCGGAUCACUGCGGCCUCUGAAAAUGGGUGAAAUUAAGGUGGAAAAUCCCAAUGAAACUAAGGCGAUGCUGUUUGAAAAGCCGAUGUUCCAAGGGGAGUUCAUAGAGAUUGAAAGAGACAUGUACAGCUUUGAUGAAGAAGAGGAAGACAAGAGUGCAGAAGAGGAGAAAGAAAUUCCUAACAGCACCUCUGUGCAGAAGAGGAAGUGGAUCAGUUCUGUGGGCUCAUUAAAAAUUCUGAGUGGCCUCUGGGUGGGCUAUUCUGCACCAGGAUUUGAGGGUCACCAGUAUCUUCUGGAGGAGGGAGAGUAUGCAGACUUCACUGACUGGAGUGGACUGGAAGACGGGCUCUUCUCUAUAUGUCCUAUAUUAACAGAUUAUAUGACUCCUCACAUAAGAAUGUUCAGCGAACGAGAGUUCAGCAAAAGAGGGAUGAAUGUGGACCUGCUAGAACCUGUCCUCAACAUGGAAAGCACUGGCUUCGGCAUAAAGACACAAUCUGUGGAAGUCCUCUCUGGCGUGUGGAUAGCAUUUGAGAAUGCACGAUUCUCGGGUGAGCUGUACAUUCUACAGAAAGGUCUCUAUGCCAGCCCGACAGACUGGGGUGCAAAGAACUACAAGAUCUCAUCUCUGCAGCCUGUGGUUUUGGGUCAGACUGAAGGGCUGUCCAGAUAUAAGGUGCAGUUGUUCUCUGAGCCAGGGUUUCAGGGAGAGGUUUUGGCCUUAGAAGAAAGUGUAGCAUUCCUGCCAGAGGGCUUCCAACCCAUGUCCUGCAAGGUUCUAGCUGGGAGCUGGGUGGUGUUCGACGGCCCACAGUUCACAGACAACAUGUAUGUACUGGAGGAAGGAGAAUACCCAAACCCUGAGGCUCUGGGCUUGCUCAACUCAAACUGCAAAAUUAGCUCUGUCCAUACCGUAGGACAUGAGUUUUCUAUCCCCUCUAUUACACUCUUCUGUAAAUCCAGCUUCAGAGGGCGUAAAAUAGUUUUGACAGAUGGAGCUGUGAACCUAUCUCUGGCUGGGAUUGAUGGGCGGGUCAAAUCUCUGUUGGUGAAUGGAGGAAUAUGGGUGUUGUAUGAAUACAGCAACUUCUGUGGUUGUCAGAUUCUGCUCCAUCCCAGCGAGAUUGGUGAUUGGCAGAAGUUUAGAGGCUGGGAGCAGAUUGGCUCUCUACGUCCAUUACUGCAGAAACGUGUUUACUUCCGGUUGCGUUGUGCAGAGACAGGCUGCUUGAUGUCUCUCUCCGGGUCCCUCGAGGAUAUAAAACUGCUCCGGGUCCAGGUGCUGGAAGAAUCUGGAGGUCCAGAGCAGAUCUGGGUCUAUGAGAACGGACUACUGCACUGCAAGCUGGUAGAGAACUGUUGCGUGGAGACCUCUGGGGGUGUUGUAAUGGCAGGUGGUAGGUUGAAUAUCUCACCUGAACCAGGCAAAGACAAUCAGUUCUGGAGCAUUACAGGAGAUGGGAUCAUACGCAGCAACCUCAAGCCUGAACUUGUGCUGGAGGUCAAAGGUGGCCAACAGUAUGAUAAAAACCAGGUGAUUCUCAACACCUUUAAUGAACAGAAAACAAACCAGAGAUGGACCGUGGAAAUCCUUUAGUGCUCGAGUCACAACACAAUGAAUUUCUGUCACUCCUUAAUAAUCAGCAGAAGCUCUGAAAGACAUUUUGCAGUUUGUCUUCAAGACCAAUGCCCUGUCCCGGGGUGGAUCGAGAUUACAGCACUCUGAAUGAGUGAUGCCUCGAUGGACAUUGAACUUCAACUGCAUGAACUACAUCAAGAAACCUUUUUCACUUUAGAUGGUUAAGACAUGAUGUGCUCGUAUGAUCAUAGAUUAGACCUGUCCCAAUUUCACAUUCAACCUUGUGAUAGUACAAGGACUUUUACCCAUAGGCUGUUACUUUGCGGAGUCAGAGGAACAUAAGAACAGCCCUGACUGCAAUACUAUAUUAUCAUCCCAGGGGGCACUCUAGCAUUAAUAUUUGAUUGUCGCUGCACUUCAGGUGAUGUUCUUUCAUUCUUCUGUGUUAUGCAGCAAUUUAGUGCCACAUUUCUGUCAAAACAGAAUGUGUGACCUUAUCCACAUAUAUAAUGUUACAUUUGAAGCUUUACAAGUUAAUGUGAAUUUUUCACAUUUAAAUUUGAUAGCAGUAACUCUAAUUAAACUUUUAAAGAAAAACCAUUGCUCAUAUUAUAUAAACAUUUCUAUUAUGUAUUACUGAUCUGGCAUCAGUUCACAUACUUGCAUUCAUUGCAAAGGCAACUGAUCCUAGAUCAGCUGUUCUGCUCUCAAAGCUUACUCAUGCUUGUCUAGAUAAGGAUUUGCUUUUUGUGUACAUUUUCGAAAGAUGUCAUGCUUUUGGUGAACGAUAAUAUUAUCUCUUUUAUAAUGUGAUAAACUGUCCCUUUUGGAGGUUCAUGUUAAAAAAUCCAAAAUAUACUGUUACAUUUGAAAUAA